AUGAUCGAUUCAACUUCGGCUUUCAUUCAUUCUACACUACCUUUAUAUCAUAAUGCGGUCAAAUCCAUCAUCUUCAAAUGCGCUGAGAUUCUUAUGGGCAUUUUCAUCUUCAAGCUGUUCUCACUGAUAGCUGCCCGCUCGAAGCAGUUUACUGCGUAUCUUAUGUUCACCGAAGAUUACAUCCAACGAACUCUCUUCAUCACGUCUCGAGGUUUCUCGCGGGCAGCAAUCGUGGUACUGUUCUUCAGUCUUCUCAACAUCGUCGUGUCGCUCUACGGUACACUCCUGUGGGCUCUAGACUCUCCUGGGUACAUCUUUCAGGCCUCGAAUGCGACUGUGUUCGAUUACGAAGACCAGCGAAAUGUCAACCCCCCCUACAUUGUUCAAUUAUCCCUCGCUCCGGAUGUACUCCCAGACACAGAUUCUAGACUCCCUCAGAUCAUAGGUGCUGAUCUUCUACAUACUGGUAUCAACUACACCUUGACUGGCCAGGUAGACAACUACAAUCCACCAAAGGUCGUUGCGCCAACACAACACGACCGUGUCGGUGCGCGCAUCUGGCUUGAUAGCGAUGGUCUCUCAGUCUCUCCUGACGGCUAUGUUGCAUUACCUUUAGAUGGUAAAGUGGGCAAUGAAGUCUUCCCUCCAUCAUGUAUCAAGUUUUACAAUGGAACUGCAUCCUGGAACUGCACGUUUAGUAAUGUCUUUUCAACUGGCAUUGUGUCAGUCGUUACAGGAAAGCCCGAGGUUCACUGGAAUGAUGCAACAGACAAGGUCUAUGACACUAGAUAUAUUCUGCCCAACCGAGUGGAUAAUAUCUGGAUUUCUGUAGGUGCAGGCGGUGGCUCGGUUGCUAUGAAACAAGUCUUCACCGUCACGAGAAAGACAAGACGGCAUACAUUCAGCCAGUCAACCUUCAAAGCCACUAUGCUGGCUUCUGGUAAUAGCCUCUUUGACACAAAAGAGGUCACAGAUCUCGUUGAACGCACUUGGAGUCCCAACAUAACUGAGAGAACUGAUCCUCUUAUUCGUCAAAUUGUCGAUGGCAUGAUGGGCGCUCAAGCCCGGAAUAAGAGCUUCCAUUUCGGUGGAAAUUACCCCAGCUAUGACAACAAGUCUGUCACGCAAAGUAACUGGGGAAUGUACACACUCGAGGCUAAUGGGAAUACUGUGUAUUCACUGAUCAGCAUCACCACUACCAACAUGACCCUCAUCAGAUCAGAGACCAUUGCCGAGGCACCCAUACCCUACCAGAAGUGUGACAGGACAAACUUCCAAAACGAAGCUUUUGGUGGCAAGGUCACACGAACAGACUGCGAUGCUUCGAAAGACAGUGAUGGCACUGUCGGUUUCUUUGGACAAGUUGACACAGCUGCUGUCAUGAUCGCUCAAGGCCUGGGUGAUGGCAGGUCUAACCUCAGUGCUGCGUCACUUGACGACGAUGUGUUUAACUGGUUUAAUAACAAGGCCGAUGCCCUCGAGUCGUUACUUAUUGCAAGAGCAUAUGCUGUCAGUAUCGACCCUUCGCUUGUGCAGAUUACUGUUGAUAAGAUCAUGGUGGCCAUGUCUUACCUACAACUGUACCUGAGUUGCCUCGCCUUGUUCCUUGCCAUCAUUCUAUGGCUGGGUCUCAUGAUCUUUGCCGAUGCGCACUGGGCCAGCUCCCUCCUGGCAAACUUGAUCAACACGACUUCAGAGCCCAAGAAAAACAAACCAGGAUACAUCACACGUGCUCCUGAGGUGACGCUGCAGUCUGGAGGACAAACAAAGAAGUCACUAGCCAUCGAGGGCAUGCCAGUCACUUUAUAUAAUGCAGUACCUCCUGUGCAGCAGCGCAUGGCAAGUCCAGCACCGUAUGGGGAAGAAGGAAAAGGUUAUAUGGAGACUGGUGUUUACCCUGUGGGUUAUAAUGACCCUGCAGCUGGAAGACAAGGAACGAUGGCAGGAUACUCGCCGGUUUACCCGAACACAAGAUGA